AGCUGCAAUAAUGGUCGAGGAUCACUCUGCACAAAAGCUCCGUUUGGAAAAUUGGAUGAGUGACUUGCCUGAUCCUAUAAAAGACAUGCCUUUGAUAUUUCUUGCCAUUCCAGGAAGCCAUGAUUCCAUGACAUACGGUAUAACAAGGUCCAGUACAGUUGCUCCCGACGCUGAACCAAUCCUCAACCGACUGUACCCAUUAUUUCGAGGUACGAUUUUACGAUGGACCAUAACGCAGGCCAGUGACACUUGGCAACAACUUCUCAUUGGCAUUAGAUAUUUUGACCUGAGGUUAGCUACAAAGGCUGGAGAUGAUAAGUUCUAUUUCACUCAUGGUCUAUAUGGAGAUGAAAUAUCUAUGGCAUUGGGACAGAUACGGAAGUUUGUUGAUUCACACCCGGGUGAGGUAGUAAUUUUGGACUGCCAGCACUUCUACAAGUUCACUCGUGAAGACCAUAUGAGGCUGAGGAGGUAUCUACUGGACCUCUACGGAGCGCGUCUCGUGCCGCGUCGGAUAGACUUGCAGGCUAUCACGCUCAACUCACUUAAUAGAUUGAAGAUGCAGGUGAUAGUAGUGUAUCGCAACGAGACAGUGAACACGACGGGUGAGUUUUGGCAGCCGCAGAUGAUGCCGUCACCGUGGCCGCGACAGGACUCCAUCACAGGUCUACUGAACUUCCUCACCAACAUCAGGAGGAACCCCAGCACUGGCUUCGUCCACCAAGCUGUACUUACACCUACACCCACCUUCAUUUUAUUACGGUGGAUAUCAAGUUUACGCCAGAAAUGUGCUGUGCCAGUUAUUAAUGAGGUGUUGCCCAAGUUGGCCGAGUUCUCCCCGGGCCCGCCCGCACCGCACUUGAAGGCCGGCGCACGUUCCACCGUCAACGUCGUCAUCGCAGACUUCGUCGACAUGGACGACGCCAUAUUCCCACGAACCAUAAUAGACCUUAACAUGAAGCUGUUAAGGCAUACGGAAUUAGUACAUUAUGGGUAA